AUGGCUUAUAGAAAGAAAUAUCUUAUAAAGCUUUUCAAAUCGGCUGUUAUCACAUUCACCAGAAGACGUCUGUGCUUGGAAAAGAAGCGACGAUUGGAAAAUCCAUAUUGGAGAUUCUUGAUGGAACACGAAGAGAUUGCGGUGAAGCCAAAGAGGAAGCCACGCAACAAGCCGCAUACUUUUAAGAAAGCUGUUAAACGAGCUAUAUUGGAGUACAAGCUUAAUGCAAAAGCUGGCGAUCCUUGGGACAUAUUCUUUUACAAAGUUUAUACAUAUAAUGAUUGA